AUUGUUGUUCCUUCUUUCCUUCUUUCUUUUUAUUUUUAUUUUGUAGAAAAAAAAAAGUAAAAAUUAAAAUAAAUAAAUUCUCACUUGCUUUUUAUUGUUCCACUUUAUUAUAUUUCUAUUACUUUACUUUGUUCUCAGUUCUUUCUUCUUUGCCUAUCUGGGUUUGUUCUGAAGUUUCUCACUCUCUCAGACACUUCAACAAUGGCAGACAUAAGCCACCCUCCCAUGGAACAGCUUCAAGACCUUGAGUACUGCAUAGACUCCAACCCUCCUUGGGGAAAUCGAAAUGGAACUCAACUUGGAUGUAUGAUCAUGCCAUGCACAAUUGCACAUCACUCGUGCUUUUUGUCAUGGCCACCUCAAAUCCCUUUGCAUGUGGAGGGUUUAGUCUUCGCGAAGGGAAAAUAUAUUAUUAUUAGAAAGAAAGAAAGAAAAAAAAUUUAAUAUAUAGAACACAUCGUGCCUUUGUAAUGGAAGAGUUUAUCUAACUCAAAUUACUAAACAAUGUUGGGAAAUCAGUUUAUUUCCUUCUACAGUUUGAUUAAAAUUGCCUAGUUUGUGUUGUAAUCAGUGCAUCGUCCUGGAAAGCAGUGUUUUGUUAUUACAUGUCAUUGUAUGCUGCUGAAAAAUCCAAUAUGUCUAAGCCGCCUAGGCAAAAAGCUUUAUAUUAUAGGAUGAUAUGUUGUCUCUGAUCAACUUAUUAUUGUUUGUUUGCUUGAAUUUUCCAUUUUUGUUGCAGCUGAAACCAUCCUUUUGGCAUUUCAAAACUACAUCAUGAUGUUGGGCACAAGUGUUAUGAUUCCAUCAAUGUUGGUGCCUGCAAUGGGUGGAAGCGAUGGUGACAAGGCACGUGUAAUACAGACUCUCCUCUUUGUGGCUGGGCUUAACACACUUCUCCAAGCGCUUUUUGGAACCAGAUUGCCAGCAGUUGUUGGAGGUUCCUUCGCCUAUGUCAUUCCAAUAGCUUACAUUGUAGGCGACUCCUCGUUGCAACGAAUUGAUGAUCCACAAGAAAGAUUUAUUCAAACAAUGCGAGCUAUUCAAGGAGCUCUAAUUGUAGCUUCAAGUAUUCAAAUUAUCAUGGGCUACAGUCAAGUUUGGGGCCUCUUUUCACGAUUUUUCAGUCCUCUUGGUAUGGCACCUGUAGUUGGAUUGGUCGGUUUGGGAUUGUUUCAACGUGGAUUUCCUGCUUUAGGAAACUGUGUGGAAAUUGGACUUCCUAUGCUGCUGUUGGUCAUUGGAUUAUCACAAUAUUUAAAGCAUGUGAGACCAUUUAGAGAUGUCCCAGUCUUCGAACGAUUUCCGGUAUUGAUCUGUAUUACAAUUGUCUGGAUAUAUGCCCUUAUAUUGACUGCUAGUGGGGCCUACAGAGGAAAGUCCAAUAGAACUCAAGUCAGCUGUAGAACUGACAGGGCAAAUCUCAUAUCUACCGCCCCAUGGUUUAAGUUCCCAUAUCCUCUGCAGUGGGGCCCUCCUACAUUUUCAGCAGGUCAUUCAUUUGCAAUGAUGUCAGCAGUUCUUGUUUCCAUGGUUGAGUCAACGGGUGCAUACAAGGCAGCAUCUAGGCUGGCCAUUGCAACUCCUCCUCCAGCUUACGUUUUGAGUCGGGGUAUUGGCUGGCAGGGAAUUGGUGUCCUGCUCGAUGGUCUUUUUGGAACAUGCUCCGGUUCUACUGUAUCUGUGGAAAACGUAGGACUUCUUGGACUAACCCGAGUUGGGAGCCGCAGAGUUGUUCAAAUUUCUGCUGGCUUCAUGAUCUUCUUUUCUACUUUAGGUAAAUUUGGAGCUGUCUUUGCAUCCAUACCCUUCCCUAUAUACUCUGCUCUGUAUUGUAUCCUCUUUGGCCUAGUUGCUUCAGUUGGAUUAUCAUUUCUUCAAUUCACAAACAUGAACUCUAUGAGAAACCUCAUCAUCACCGGGCUUUCACUGUUCCUCGGCAUAUCUAUCCCACAAUUCUUCAAUGAAUACUGGACUGCCUCACAUCAUGGUCUGGUUCAUACAAAUGCUGGAUGGUUCAAUGCAUUCUUGAAUACCAUAUUCUCAUCUCCCCCAACUGUUGGUCUAAUGGUAGCAGUGUUCCUUGAUAACACAUUAGAAGUGGAGAAGUCCAAGAAAGAUAGAGGAAUGCCAUGGUGGGUCAAGUUCAGAACAUUCAGAGGAGACAAUAGAAAUGAAGAGUUUUACACUCUUCCAUUUAAUCUCAACAGAUUUUUUCCACCCACUUAGCCAAGCUCAAGACUCAAGACUGAAGACUCAAGACUCAAGAAAGAGAAACCUCCUUCUUCUAACAUCUUUGGAAAGAAAGAAAAGAAAAAUUGCCAAUAUUCAUCCUUUGUCUAGCUUAUUUUUUUGGUGGACCUCAUUAUAGUCUAAUUGGUCCAAAAUUAGGAUUGUAGAGAGAGCAUUUUAUCCAUUCCAAUGUUUUUGUAGAUGCAAAUAAUUAAUAAAACUUGAGAAUUUAAUUCUCUUUUUCU